AUGCCUUUUCGUGUCGCCUAUGUGGCUGCUGCAGUCGCGCAGAGACGACGACCCGAGGUAGAUGAUGCAUUUGAAGAGUUGACGGAAGAAGAGUUCCGGCACCAUUUUCGUCUGUCCAAACGAACAGUGCGUAGCUUGUGCGACGAUCUUGACCCUAACAUUGGAUGCCAGCGAGCCAGUGGCUUUUCCACAGAAAGGAAGGUGGUGUGCGCGCUGCGAUUCUUCGGCAGCGGAAGCUUCCAGAGGAGCGUUGGUCGCGAGGAGCACAUAGGCAUGGCACAGUCGGCCGUGAGCAACACCAUUCACGAGGUGACGGAGGCCGUCAUUUCCGUGUCUGCCCGGAGAAAGUUGGUGGACUUUUCCUUGACACCGGCUGCCAAGGAUGAGGCAAAGGCGGCGUUUGCGCGACGGGGGGCCAUUCCAGGCAUGCUAGCGUGCCUCGACGGCACAUUGAUCGCCAUUAUGAAGCCAAGGGACUCAGCCCGGCCUACACGGCGAGUUUCUCGUCGAGAAAGGGUUAUUACGCCCUAA